AUGGCAGCGGAGUGGAAACCAUCAGAUUGGGUUCGACUUGACGGGGCUUCUGCAUCAAUUCCCGGUGUUCCACAGAAUGAUGGAGCCAAAGCGUUCAAACACCCGGACACCUACGAGAGCUUGGUCAAUAGCUUCAUUGAGGACAUUGAGGAGGACGAAGAAGCUGAGCCAGAAGAUGCUGCGACGAGAAUGCGCCGGAUGUUUGCCAGUCGAGGCACCGAAUCCUUGGAGUUGUUCGAGGCUCAGGCAGCUCAGGAAGGAGAAAGAGGCAAUGAAUUUGCUGAAGCAAGGGUUCCAUUGGUGGACACCACCGUGUUCAUUUUCGGCAUGGGAUUUGUAGUGCUCGUAAAUGCUGUGCUCAUAGGUAUCGAGGUGGACUGGGGGAGAAACUCCCCAGUCUUUUUUAUGGCAGCCAAUCUAUUCUUUUUGAUUCUGUACUUAGCGGAGCUUUGCUUCAGGUUCGUGACGUUUGGCUCCGGUGUCUUCCAUGACUGGCUUACUGUCCUGGACAUGAUCUUGGUGGUUUUGGUUUUCAUUGAGCAGUUUGCCUUCCCAGGAAGCUUUGCAAGGUCCUUGCCAGCCUUUCGCCUCAUUCGUUUGUUGCGGUUACUGCGAACCUUGCGGUCUCUGAAGUCAUCUCCCCAACUCAUGGCUUUCGUUUCGAACGCAAUGAGAAUAAUGAAGACUCUCGGAUGGGUGACGCUCUGUCUCUUCCUCUUGCUGUGGGCUGUGUCUGCAGUCAUGCGCAAUGUCAUAGGCAGAUCGGCCGAGUGGAACGACACAUAUGAUCCGUGGCAGGAAUAUGAUCCCUUCGAAGCAUUCAACAACCGCGAGUACUUCGGAUCUGUGACGAAAAGUUUCUUCACGUUGCUUCAGGUGGUCACCACAGCGCAGUGGGCAAACAACAUAGCUCGACCUAUUGCUUUUGAGUAUCCAAUGACUGUCGCUUUUUGGGGCCUUUUCCUGCUUGUUACGACCUUUGGUCUCAUUGUAUGUGUAGUUGCGAACAUAGUUCAGGAUGCAAUUGAGACAUCUAGGGUUUUGGAGGCAUCAACCAAGGAGGUCGAGCGCGAAAAUCGGCAGAAUGCAGGAAGACGUGCGAGAACUUUGCUCCGAAUGAUUGAUGAGGAUGGAGAUGGUGAGCUUGACUUUGAUGAACUUGAUGCUGCUUUGAAGCAGAAGGAGUUCGUCCAGACCCUAUACAGCUUUGAAGUUCCAGUCAUGGAUGCUGAGAGCCUGCUGCGACUUUUCGACAAGAAAGUGUCAGGCACCCUCAGCUUUGACGCCCUUGUCAACGGCCUGGUGGGUAUGCUGGAUGACGUCGAAGACAAGGACUGGAUCCUUCUGUCCAUCUGGAGCGAAGGUUUGCACUUGCGAGCUGAUACUGUGGAGUUGCAGUGUGAACAGCUCCUGCAGCAGGUCGUCAAGCUGCGAAAGUUACUGCAACACAUGGAAUCUGCUUUGAAGCAGUUCUUAGUAAGUCGGGAGAAGACCUGGAUGUAUUACAGGGCGAUGGCUUACGUUCGUUCUGCACCACCUCCUGUACCAGCUUCAGUGCUCGAAGUCCUAAAUAUCCAAGUCAAGGAGGAAAUUCCUGAGGACGAAGGAGAUGCUUUCAUCGCGUUUGCUCGGCGUUACAUUGGUCCCAGCACAAGGGUCCUGCCGCCGGAGGAACCACCACCACGGCCACCAUUUCCAGAUGUCGCAAAGAGAUUGAUCAAUCGUAAAGCCGUGCUUCCACCAGCGCCAAUGCCUCCAGAAGUUUACCGUGCCAUGCACUACAAGGAGGAAGCUGCUCGAAUGGCCCAUGAACGAAGGUUUGAUGUUGAUGGAAAAAGUGGUGGAACAUCGGCUACCUUCUUGCAGCUUAAAAGGGAACUGGCAGUGGACUCAGAGCUUCUGGAGUAGAAAUGGUCGGAUGAUGUCGGAUGGCCAACUGAACGACAAAGAUCGAGAGGCAUUAUUUUAUUUAUUGAGUUUUAAUGCGCGUCUCACCAGCAUGAUUCAUUCAAUUCAUUCUUCCCUGCUCUUGCAAAGACUGGAGCCUGGUGAUUUGUGUCGAAAGCAGCACUAGUCACAGAGAGCCCAAAGCAUGGCUCUUGGCCUCUUCUUCUUGACCGAGCUUCGGCUUCGACAUCACUUGAUGGAAACAACAUAGUUUGUCUGGUUGCGAGGAGGUUGAU